AAACUUUCACACUCAAGUCGGAUCUAUGCCCAUGCUUUACAGCCAAUUACACCACAGAAGAACUACGAGGCCGGCACUCAACGUAGCAUCCAGACACAUCGAACAAUUGUACACCACAAUUGGCUUGUAAAGUUGAAGAUAAAUCCCCGACAUGAACGUGAUACAGCGGUACACUACACAUUCGCUGAGGCAAGUCCAAAAUUUGCAAUCAAUAUUUACCGAUCUACGCUCUCACACAGCGAGUCAGUCCCGGUUUACGGACCUCCUCCCGUGCCGAUCAGACUCCCCCAGAAAACUUCCGGGUCGGGUUUCGCGUUUACGCGGAAGGUUUGGAGAAGGAGGACGGGAGAUCGCGGACAAUGAUUGAUCGGGGAUCCGUGUGUGUAUGCCCUGACUGUGACUGCCGUGACUCCCCACCAACAGACCAGGAGAUUCUCGCUCGUCCCGCUUCCCCUGGCCCCCGAUCAUUGCACAGACCUCCCCCGAGUGGCAACACCAAUUCCAUUAUCCCAACGAUACGACCAUCGCCGCCUACAUUCGGCUUUGUCAACCGGGGCCCAUAGGUUUGGUACACAUUUCGGUGAUAUCAACAUCCCUCGUGGCAUCUUUUUUGUUCCUACGUUCAUUAGCGACAGAGGUACAGUAGCCGACCCAGGAACGAAGAAGAGUCAUCAUCAGGAAGUCCACACAAAUUUCAGACUUCACUGACAAGGAACACUUCCGAUAUCGCCCGUCUUGUACAUUCGUUCACCUGGUGUAACCAAAAGACCUAUCGAUAUCUCUUAGUCGUCACUCAUCUCAUUGACCCAGAAUAGAACAUCACUUCGAACCAGACACCACAUUACUUCGACACAUAGACACAAUGACCGUCGACGCCGUAAACCCCCAACAAAUAACAGUCGGCGUCCUAGCCCUCCAAGGCGGCGUGAUCGAGCACAUCUCCCUUCUCCAAAAGGCAGCUGCCCAACUAUCGUCACAAUCCUCGACACCAACACCACAAUUCAGCUUCAUCCAAGUCCGUACCGCCGCCCAACUCUCGCAAUGCGACGCUCUCAUUAUCCCGGGAGGAGAAAGCACAACCAUGGCUAUCGUUGCCAGACGCCUGGGAUUGCUUGAUCCGCUACGGGAAUUCGUCAAAGUCCAACACAAACCAACAUGGGGCACCUGCGCCGGCCUAGUCAUGCUCGCCUCCGCCGCCUCAGCAACCAAACAAGGCGGACAAGAACUCAUCGGUGGGCUGGACGUCAAAGUCCUCAGAAACCGCUACGGCACACAGCUCCAGAGUUUUGUGGGAGAUUUGCGGUUGCCUUUUCUGGAAGAAGGGGAACCCUUCAGGGGAGUAUUUAUCCGCGCACCGGUUGUGGAGGAGAUUAUCACCACCACCGCUGGGGAUGAUGAGGUUACCAAGCUAAAGGGAAAUUUGGUGGAGGUAAUGGGGACUUACCCAAAGCCACAAGGGACAGGAGAAGGAGACGACAUUGUUGCCGUGCGGCAGGGCAACGUUUUCGGAACGAGUUUCCACCCCGAACUAACGGAUGAUGUCAGGAUACAUACCUGGUGGUUGAAGCAAGUUGUUGAGGGGCUGAAGUCAGGGGGAAGGGAUGUCCAGGCUCAGUCGUAAUAGGGUCGGACUUUCGACGUGGGUGAGCUGGGUGCAGAAGGUUGUUGAAUUGACAUCCUGUCGCGACUAUGAGGGUCACGGUUGGAAAGUUGAACUACUCUGCAAUAGUCCGUGUAGAGCCGAAAGAAAACUACACCAUGAUGAUAUACAUCAUGUUUCUUUGUCAUAACAGCAUUAAAUCUAGAACGCACAGUGAAUGAAGGGGAGGGUAGACUUUGGAUUUGCGUGUCGCACCGCUUCAAAUGUCCACGCAACAUCAUGUUGACUACAGCAACACACCGUCUUUCGAUUGCUGACAGUUCACACAAUGGUGUAAGGUAAAUGCAGUUCUAACAUUGCAACUAGUGUGUUUUGAUGUGAUACAACACACACUAUGAGACGAAACUCUCUAACCGACAACAAACAAAUUGAUUUCCACAGUCUCAUCCAAAAGAGAUAC